AUGACAGCGCUACAGCAAGAGGAGUGCAAGUUAUUUGCUAGCAAGUAUCAAGUGACUGAUCAUUGCCUCGGUCACGGAGCAGAGGCAGCCGUAUGUCUUGCCAACGACGUUCAAACAGGAAAGCAAUUGGUCUGUAAAUUGGUCAAUCUGGAUAAGAUUCACGGGAAGAAUGCUCAAGAUGAAAUACGACGCAAGUUCCAGGAGGCGGACAUUUUACGCCAGCUGCAUCAUCCCAACAUCCUGUCUUACGUGGAUGCCAUAUCCUCUCCACAUACACUCUAUACAUUCACCGAGCUUGCUUCCGGCGGUGACCUCAUGUCAUUCAUUAUGAGGCGCGGCAUUGUCAAAGAGUCAGAGUCUAUAAUCAUCAUUCGCCAGGUGGCUCGGGCUCUCGCAUAUAUCCACGAGAAAGGCAUAGUUCACCGCGAUCUUAAGCCAGAGAACAUACUCUUGGCUUAUUCUCCCAAAAUCACCUGCCAUCGAGUAAUGCUCUCCGAUUUCGGUACCUCUGCUGUUCCUCGACGAAGCAGGAUGAUUACAAACGCUGGCACAGCAGGAUACCAAGCACCGGAAUUUGUAACGACUGGCGAAGCUCAUACGACAGCCGUUGAUAUAUGGUCCUUGGGCGUUGUUGCUUUUACGCUCUUAGUAUCUGAUCAUCACGAUGCAGUGCUCAGUCAAAUGACCGAAGAGGAGAUUCUCCAAUACACCACGCACACUUUCAGCCAAUUAACAAAACGACCUUCUCUUGAUGCGGCUAAAUUUAUCCGAAGCUGCCUGCGACUGAAUCCCUUGCGCAGAAUCAGCGCUCACGAAGCGAAGAGGCACGAGUGGCUAUAUGGUAAAAAGAAGAACGUGGAACUUUUCAAGCGACUGGAUAGAAGGGUCAUAUCUUCCUGGGAACCUCAGAAUACACUCAGACCGAUGCCUUGGUCGUUGCCUGACCUUGUCCCGCCGCCCAGGCAUCGGAAACAUGACUGCUACAGCUUGAGAGAUGAGUUGACUUAGUAAGUUCGGGAACCUUGAACCUAGAAGCCGAACGUUCUGCUGACUCUUAAUCCAAGUAGUUCACUUUCGUCUACGGGAAGCGCAGGGUCUUCUGCUAGUCCGUAUUUUACGACGACAGCUCGAUAGAUUGAAACGACUAUCCUACAGCACAAAGGGGACGUAGAAGUAGGAAUCAUCCAGUCUGAUUCAGGGACUAGAACUUGGAG